AUGAUUGGCGAGCUCAGGCUGUACGACAUUGUCAACACUCCAGGGGUUGGUGCAGAUUUGUCUCACAUCAACACAAACGCAAAGGUCACAGCCUUCAUUGGGGAUGCCCAACUGGGGGAUGCACUCUCAGGGUGUGACCUUGUGAUAAUUCCUGCAGGUGUCCCAAGGAAGCCAGGCAUGACGAGGGAUGACCUGUUCAACAUCAAUGCAAAGAUUGUGAAGACCCUCAUUGAAGGCGUUGCUGCACAUUGCCCCAAGGCAUGGAUUGGGAUUAUCUCCAACCCUGUGAACAGCACGGUGCCGAUUGCUGCAGAGGUGCUGAAACAAAAAGGGGUCUACGAUCCGCUGAAGUUGUUUGGUGUCACCACGCUCGAUGUUGUGCGUGCACAAACAUUUAUAGCUGAGAUUCUGGGUGUGAACCCCAAGGAAGUGACUGUGCCAGUAAUUGGCGGGCAUGCAGGGACGACUAUCCUGCCCCUGCUGUCCCAGAGCAAACCUCCGCUGGUUUUGGAGGAGGACAAGGCCAAGGCUCUGAUGGAGCGGAUACAGAACGCUGGCACUGAGGUUGUCAACGCGAAGGCCGGUGCAGGAUCAGCGACCCUGUCCAUGGCCUAUGCUGCCUCCGAGUUCGCUGACGCCUGCCUCCGUGCGCUCAAUGGCGACACAGGUGUCAUCCUGUGCACCUACGUAGCAUCCAACUUGACGGACCUUCCCUUCUUCGCCAGCCAGGUGAGACUGGGCAAGGGUGGGGUGGAGGAGUUCCUGCCCAUUGGAGAGAUGAACAAGCUGGAGCAGGAAAACUUUGAGGAGAUGCGAUCACAGUUGGCAGGCAACAUCCAGAAGGGUGCUGAUUUUGUGGCUGGAUGCUAG